AUGCGACCGUGCCAACAGGACUGCGACUGCGCGCGGUGCAUACCGCGGCACGCGGAUGCCAGACGGGCGCGCUUUGCCGGAGAGGCGGCGCUUCCGCCGCCGCCCCUGCCGACGCAUCGCAUUACGGUGGCUGGCGGCAACGUCAACAAGACUGACGUCGUCGAGAAGACGCUCGCCUUCGCAAUCCGGCAGCUUGACGGUGCCGACAAGCUGACGAGGCCGCGCGAUCUUCUCAACGCGGGGCUCUUGAAGGCGCUAUCGGCCCUAGGUGUUCAUGACGGCGCUCUCGACGAUUACGACGCGCUGCUAGCGCUGUUUCAUGAGCGACAGGCCGUCAAUCGCGCCGCUGUCGGCUGCGCAGCGGCAGUGGUUGUGGCAGCGGCUGCUGCUACGUCACGUCAGGCUAACGGUGCUCACAGCGCGGCUGCCGCCGCGAGCGAGCGGUCGCGCGAUGAUCCCGAGGUGGUGUCAGUUUCGGCCGUCGCGGGCCUGAAGCGCAAGGUGGCUGCGGCGGUGCGCACGCUCGGUGAGUGUACCGCGAGCAGUGCACGGGCUGCUGCCGUCGCGAUCGGCGGGCUUCAUGCUGGGUCGGCCUUCGACAAGGCUGCCCAAGAGCGCGACGCGGCGGCGGCGGUCGCGAGCAUGGUGGCCGCUGCGGUGACGGCCGAGGACCGCACUCGAAGCGCAGCCGCAGCGCGGGUCGGGUCAUCGCACGAGACGCAAGCCGAGAUCGGGAUGCGCGUCUACUGCAAGCUCGAGCUGCUCGAAGGGCAGCUACCGCACGAGGCCUGGCGGCUGGCUGUCAUCCGGGGCCUCUUCUUCGUUGGUGCAGGCGAGGUCGAGGCUUUCGUCGAGUUCAUCGUCAUCGGCGCUCGUUGGUCGCUCGACGACUAUCCGUAUGUUGCCGAAUGGAGCGCUGACGCGCUCAAAACGGCUGCGGCGAGAGAGCGGGAUCGGCCGGCGCUCAAACAGCACAACGUCACUCUCGGACGAAUGCUCGCCUUUGUUGGGCUCAAGGCGGUCGUGCCGCCGCCCCGGCCCGCGCUUGGCGUUGCGCUUAACCGAUUACCCAGCGACACUAUCGCCGCGGUUGGCGCCACCGGCGAUGCAGGAAAUGCCGUAACGCUGAUCGUCUACGACGGGCGCGCCGCGCGCGCGACCGCGCUGCAUCGCGUCCUUCAGGCCUACGCGUACGCGGCGGCCGGUUUCGCCACAGCGUGCCUGCCGACCAUGUGGGAAUGGCGCACUGCCCUUUGCGGCUCUUGCUCAGCGGCGCAAUGGCUCGUGGCGCAUUUUUUGCACUCCAUCGGCUGGUCUGACGUUGUCGACGGCCUGGCAGCCUCAGCGGCACUCGCACGUUUCAAACGUGUGCUGCCCUGGCAGAUGAUUGCCGACGCGCUCGCGGAUCUUUGCGAGACUGACGUGUGCGUUUCGGUGCAAGCGCCGAUGACACUCGGGCAGAUCAUCGGGUGCACGGGCAAGGCGCUCGGCGAUGAGCUGCUGCGCGAAGCGAUGAAGCUGCCACUGCAGCUCGAGCAGCUGCGUUCCGAUGGUACGAUCUCUGCGGCCGUGCUCGACUGGUGGCUGCGUGACGCGGCCUCUUUCAUCGUCAAGUCCAAGUACAAGUUCGCCGAGGUGCUCGCCGCGCGCGCGGCCAAGCAGCAGCCCGCUCUACCGCGGCUGCCUCCGGGCGCAUGUUGGAUGGCCAGACAGGCUAAGGCGUACAAGAUGGAGGUGGCGCUCAGCGACGCCAAAUUCCUGCUCGAGCGGCUGCGGCGUGAGGCCAAGACGAAGGCGGAGGGCAUCGUGCCUACAUCGGCUACGGCGCCGCGCGCAGUGAUCGAGGUGCAGCGAAGGCGCGCUUGCCUCGUUUGGAACCCCGGCGGCGUGCACGUCAUCGACGCGAGGGCCGAUCGCCGAGUGGGCGACCGUGAGCGUGCUAUGCAAGGCAAACGGAGGGCGAGCGGCGCAGGAGCGCAGGCCGACGUGCGCGAUCGCGAGCUGGCUGCGGCGAUCGAGCGCGAGGACGAGGAGGACGGAGGCGGCGACGUGGGGCGGGGUUCAGCGCUCCGCUUCAAGGGCUGUGACGCGCUCGAGGCGAUCAUUGACCAAGUGAAGUCCAAGGACGCGCACCUGCUCGUGUUGUCCGAGACGCACUUGCACGGCCGCGCGGUCGAUGACGUGGCCGAUUACCUCGGCACGCGACUGGGCUGGCAGGAUCUCGCCAAGGGGCGCAGUGGCGGCGCGCCUGAAUAUGUGCCGUGCGUCGUGCAGGCGCCGGCGGCGCGCGGUGAAUGGGCGGGCGUACUGGUCGCUUUCGAUCCGACAGUCUUCAAAAAGCUUGACGUGCAGAUAGUCGUACCUGGACGCGUGCUGCAGAUCGAGUUCCGAAUGGUCGACGACUCUACGAAUUUGACGCUUUUCGCAUGCUACAUGCCUCAAGCCAAUCUCCCACGCGAAGUGCACGACAAGGCUUGGGGCAAGCUCGAGGAGGCGCUGCUCACAGUGUGCGGCGCGUACGUGAUUGCGGGCGACUUGAACGCGGAGACGGCGACUCGGCUGCUGAAGGCGCACAAGAUCAACCUGAGCAAGGGCGGCGUGGUGAAGAGGCCGGGCGAGACCUAUUUGUUCAAGCUCAUGCACGGCACAAGCUUCCUCGAAUUUGAUCAGCCCACGAGGGUCGGGCGCGAGGAGUACACGCACCUGCACGUGGUGAGCGCGGCCUCGAAGGACGCGGAGGGCAAUCUCGUCGAGGCCGUCACGAGCAAGCACGUCAUCGACCACGUUCUCGAGGGCGGCUGCGAUGGACGCGUCGGAGGCGGCGAGACCUUCACGGUCAAGGUCGGAUCGGAGCCAAACAAGCAGUAUCACAGGGCGCUGGGCUUUGCGAUCAUUACGACCGACACCGAGGAGAUUGUCACGAGCGCGAAUCGCAAACCGAAGCUCAGCAAGAUGCCGAGGGUGUCGAGCAAGCCCAAGACGAUGAGCAAGACGGGCAGCGACAAGCGCGACGGGGCCAAGCUGAAGAAGCGCCUGGUCACGAUGGCCAACGCGCUGCCGGAUCGUUUUGAGGAUGGCACGGGCGGGCUCGUCGACGAUGCCGAGUUGGGCGUGGACGACUCUGACCUCGAGGAGGUGUUAGAGGGCGACGGUGAUGCUGACGAGCUCAUUGGUUGGGACGCGUACAAGGAAAGGGCGGCGAGCGCGAGCGAGUCGGCCAUGAAGGACUGGGUGGCGGGGCGCGAGGGCGCGUGCGCCGAGGCGAUGCAGCAGCUCGUUGGCCAAGGGCGGCCCAUUGACGAGCGCAGCAGAGCGCUGGCGCGCGACGAGGCGGCGGCGCGCUACGCGGCGACGAACGGCACGUGCGUCGAGCAUCUGAUGCAGGCGUGCAUGCUUGUGGCGCGCGAAGUCAUCGCGGCGCCGCAGGCGGCCAAAGGGCGCAAGCAGUCGGCCGGCGAAGUGUUGCGGCGGAAGCUGGACAAGUACCUCGCGAUCGAGAAGGAGGUCGAGGAUCUGAAGAUCACCGACAUCGUCUUCGGCUACUGCGGCAAGAUCAAGGGUCGCUGGAGGACGCGUGAGAGCGCGCUGACGCCCGAGCUCAAGCAGUUUUUCCUCCGCGACGCAGCGCCGCACGCGCCAGGCGAACGCAAGGCGCGCGAGCUUGUGCUCAUACGGAGACGCGUCGACGAGUGCGUCAGGGAGGUCGAAGAGCAUCGGCUGACUACUCGCGUCGACUAUGUCAAUGAGCAACUCACGAUCUUGGCUGCCAGAGAGCUGGGGUACGCGCGAGCCGCUGCUGAGGUGAUUCGAGCUGAGCGACGUGGGCUGAUGUCCUCCAAGGACAAGGGCCCGGGCGGGACGCUGGUAGCUCUCGAAGACGAGGCGACCGGGCUGCUGCUCACUGGCGUGGCCCGCGAUAAGGCCGUCGCCGCCAAGGUGCGCUCGGGCAACACGCCAAAUCUCGUCUGUCUCGAAUCGGCUGGUCACCUUAUGGACCUGUGCCGUAUCGAGCGCGGCGAGCGCAGAGGAGGCAGCACGGCGCAGGGCAGCGGCGCGGCGUUUCAGGUCGUCGAGGACGCCGAGUGCCGGCUGGGUCGGCAGCCGCGCAUCGCCCGAAACCGAGAGCGCGUUGAGGCCUGUGUGCGGCCGCCGGCUGGCGACUUCGUCGUCGUUGGGAACGCGAGGUUUCCUGACGAGGCGCACGACGGCAGGGUACGGUACGACGGCAGCAGGAAGGGCAUUCUGGGCAGUCCAUUUCGGAUGGGUCUCGACGGGCGCGACGAGAACUUGCGAGAUCUCUCGUGCGAGUGCUAUCGAGAGUGGCUUGAGACGGGCGGUGAUGCGUACGCGAUCGCGGUGGCCAAGUGUUUCCCAAUCGAGUGCGUCGCGCCGGGUCACGGGCGGAUCUGCAGCGCCGACAUCGAGGCCGAGAUCGAGUCGCUCGUCGAGAUCGUCGUCGAGCUCGACAAGCGCCUCGUGCUCGAGUGCGGGUGCGCGCCGAAGCGGUGCCAUCUCGCGUGCAUCGCGGAAAAGUGCAACACGCUGAUCCGUGCGAAGCGUGCCUUGAGAUCCAAGCAGGCUGCCGAUGCGCGCGAUGCCGGCGGCGCGGCGGCUUGCGAGCAGUGUGGCGAGGGCGUCGUGCAGGAGGGCGGAGGCGCGGCCGAUGCUGAUGCGCUAUUGGCGAAGGUCGUCGCUGAUGCUGUCGCUCAAAAGGGCGAUGUGUCAGGCUUUGUCGAGGCGGGCACGGCGGCGCAGCAUCACGUCACGCGUGACGAGGAGAGCAGCGGUCAGCGGGCCGACGAGGCGACGCACGAGGGAUCGCGUGGCGCUGGGCACGCCACGGAGGCCGAUUCAGCAAGGGAGCGCGCUCGCGAGCGCGACGCGUGGCAUGAGGAACUGCGCAGCGUCAUCGGCGCCACGGGUGCUUCUGACGGCGAUAAGGCGUCUGCCUUCGACUAUUGGACCGGCGAGUACCAGCUCGAGUUCAACGAGAGCGGCGACCGGUGCACCGACCAGCGAGCACGGGCGCUGCUGCAACGGCUGCUCACGCCCGAGCGCGUCCUCGAGUUGACCAAGCUGGUCAAAGAGAAGCUCGCCACCGGGUUGGACGAGUUCAACUUGGUGCUCGUCAAGCAGGGCGGGCUUGAGCUCGCCAAGCUCUUCGCUGACGCGUGCGUGGAGGAGGUGGCGGUCUUUUCAUUCCCGACGAGCUGGACUACCUGGCACGCGACGUUGAUCCCGAAGCCGGGCAAAGAUCGUUGCAAGCUCAGCGGCUGGAGGGAGAUUUGGAUCCAGUCGCAUCUGUGGAAGCUCGUGGUCGGCGCCAUCCUGCCCGAGUGCGCUGAGGUUUUUGCGCGCACGCGACCAUGGUGCAACGCCGGCUUCGAGGCCGGGCGAGGCUGUCCCGAGCAGUCGGCGGCACUGCGCGCGCGGCUUGAGCUGCACAUGCGGCUGCGGCAGCCACUACACGUCUACUUUCAGGACUAUUCCGUCUUUUUUCCGUCGAUCUCGAGGCAGCUUGUCGCCUUCAUCCUGCAUGAGCUGGGCGUGAGCACAGUCUCGAUGCAGAUUCUUCGAGAAGUCCAAGAUCAAGUGAUGGGAGCGUUCAAGACGGCGGGCGGUCCCACUGAGCUGGCCCCGAUGCUGAGAGGCGAGCCCAUCGGCGGCGUCGAAUCGCCGUUGUUCUCGCUGCCUGUGGCGGCGCUCGUACAGCGCGCACUCGAGACCUACGUGCCGGGCAGCCCACUGCCGGAUCGGCGCGAGCUGCGUGUCGCUGCGCUGCAGCUGUGGUAUGCCGACGACGGCGCACUUGCUGACGCCGUCGAGGGCAUCAUCCAGACGGCGGUGGACAUCAUGAUCUUGCUGUCGGAGGAGAUCCUGGGGCUCAAGGUCGGGCACGACACGGUCGAGGCGUCCAAGUCGGCGUCGCUGUCGUGGACAUGGGACAAGUCGCGCAACGAGUUCGUGCGUGGCAACGGAAACAAGUUCAAGGUGCCGUUGGGUAGCUCACGAGAGGACAUCGAGCUCGCGCGUGCAAUCACCUAUCGAUACCUGGGCAUUGACUUCGACCCUGAGCUCGACGUGACCAAAGUGGAGGAGUCGUAUCGCGCGCGGGCCAGCGCAAUCAUCACCAUGAUCAACAAUCUUGGCGGCGGGUACUGCGACCAGCUCGCGCAGGCGGUGAAUACGGUCGUACAGGGCGUUUUCAUCUUCCCGGCGAGGACGAUUCCUUUCACGGAGGUCGCGUCGAAGGCGCUCGACAUCAAGGCGACUAAGCUGCUCUUCAACCACGGCAAUCGCGCCAGGCACUCCAAGAUCGUGGGUGCUUACGUCGCAGGCAAGUAUGGAGGCCUCGGGCUGCGACCGGGGCGGUCGACGAUGGCGGCCGGGCUGCUCGACGAGAUGGCGCGCGCCUGGGGUGGCCGACACGGCGAGCCCGCGCGUGCAGUUCGGCUCUCCUUGCAGACGGUCUUCGUGGCGAGCCUGGGCUGGGACGGGCCGUCGGCGGAGGCGCCGACCGUCUUCGACUUCAUCAUCAACGAGCGAUGGCUACCUUGUUUCAGGAGCGAGGUCCCGAUGGAGGGCGUAGCGCUGCAUAUGGCACGGCUGGGACUGCGGUGGCGCGGCACGGGCGUUGACGAGUGCCGGCUGGACAAGCAACGCGCGAUCGAGCGAGGAGUGUUGCCAGGUCGCAAAGUGCGCCUCAUCGAGCUGCUCGGCGUGACGCCCUCGCUACGCCUGCACGGGCUGGGCAUCAGCAGCCUCGAUGAGCUACACGCUGGUGGCGGCGAGCUGCUCAGCGCUGAACGGAUCGAGGUCAUCUAUGCGAGGCCCGGUUGGGCGUGGAGCGACGUGGACAGAGCGCAUGUCCGACGGCUGCUGCGUGAAGUCGCCGGCAACGAUCGCGCAAAGGUCGCGCUCGACGACUGGAGAGAGCACGGCGCGCCGAUGGGAGGCGAGAUCGCGCUUAUUGAGCGGAUCAACGUGGGGAGACGGAGUGCGCUGCGCAUGUUCUCUCGUAUCGUGGGGAUUAUGUGGUGCAAGGACGCAGAGGGCGGCCGGCCCGACGAGCGCUCCUAUGAGGUGAUCUUCUGCGGCGCUCGGCUGCGCGACGCAGUAUGGCUCACCCGGGCGCAAGUGCUGGAGGGCGCGGCGAGGCGCGACGCCGCCACGACUGUGUGCAGCCCUGGCGAGCCCAUCGAGAUCGAUGAGGUGACCGCGUGGAUGGACGAGGCUGACGCAUCGAGGUGGGAGCCGAGCACUUUCAACCGCUUCCUGACGCGGCUUCGAGGGCCGCAAGGCGCGGCCGAGCUGCUCGCCAAGGCCAGUCGAGCGGCAGGGCUCAAUCGCGACGCGGCGCAAGCUCGUGUCGAGCUCACUGACGUCCUGCUGCUGGACUACGCGGCGCUGAGAGCUAAAGGCGUGAGCGCCAAGGAGGUCAAUCUUCGCGAGGAUCGGAUCGCUGAUGAGGCGAGGAGGCACGAAGUCGAGGAGUACUCGACUGCGUGGACGAUCACGUGCACGGGCGCGCUGCGACAGGCUCACACAGUCGAGGAGCGUAUGGGCGCCGUUCGGGCGAUGCCCGUACCGACUUACGCCGACGGUGGCGCGGUGCCUGAGUCUGACGUGCAGGUCGCUUUCGACGGGGUGGCAUGGAAGGCUGCCAAGGAUAACGGCAGUCUUUGGAGCGGGUGGCGCGGUCCCAAUCACAAGGUCGCUGAAUUCGAACGCGCGCCCGCGGCGUUCGCGUCAGCUGUCACGCGCAGUUUCUCGCGAGCGUAUGAGGCCGAACGUUCGCCAGAGGGCCUGACGUGCGUGAACGCGUACGGCGGGCUGCUGCAGAUUCGUAUUGCGCGCGAUGAGGCUGCGCUCAUCGCGAGCGAUCUCAAUCUGGCGCUGCUGCGCGAGAUCGGCAAGAUCGAGAUGGUCUGCAAGCAGCGCGGCCGGGGCGGCUUCAAGCUCGUGGCGGCUACUGAUGGCGCUUACUGCAAGGCGAAGGCGCUCAGUGCGCGCGACGCGCUGCGGUACGAGCUGGCAAGCGAUGCUGAGCGCGUGCAGCGCAAAUUGCGAGCGCCUUACGAGCCGCCGCAGGUGGCUAGCGGCGUCUUUUACGGGCUGCAGGCUCCUGGGAGCGCCGUGCCGGUGGCUGAGGGCAGGCGGCUGCCGGCCGAGUUCGAUAACAAUCAGGCGGAGCUCGACGGCCUCAUACUCGCGCUUCGUCGUCACGUGGCCUUGCUGACCGGCAUCUCGGUCCACGAGGUCUUGCGGCGGCUGCUGCACGACUGCGAGUACGCCAUCGGCCCGGCCGCGAGCGCUGACGAGGGUGAGGACGAGCUUGAUGCUAUGUCGGCCCGCGAUGGCGAGGCCGACACGAGCGGCCCGAGAGAGGCGCGCGAUCUGCUCAUCAUUAUCGACAGCGAGAUCAUCGCCAGCUUCUUUCAGCGGGCGUGGCGCAGGGGCGACAUCAAGUGGCUGCGCGGCGAGACGUACGGCCUGCGCAUGGAGGAGGCGAUCCUGUUACGGAUCUGGCUCAGGACGCUCGGCGCCGAGGUCCACACUCUACGGUUGAGCUCUCAUUGCGGCUUCAUCCCGAACGUCUGGGCUGACGCGAUCGCCAAUGCCGCGCGGCUUUUGGACUGCGACGGCGAGCCGCCUCUCGUCGUGCGUCGCCCCUUGGCCUUUUUGUGUAAGGUCGGCGGCGACGGCAAGUCGUGGCGUGGACCGGGCGCGUCGCUACCGCGGAGCGCGUGCGGGAUGGCGAGCUCAUCAGCGGAGCUCGACGCGCGGACUUCUAAGGAGAUUCGCGAGCUGAGCGACACUUGCGCGCUGCACAAGCUCGUCGAGAACGACGUCAAGGUGUUUCGCGCCUCACGGCAGGGUCGCGAGGCGCGCGACGAGAUCGACGGGAUCGUCUUUCUGCCCAGGUGCUCGCGGCACGCCCAACUCGGCGAGCAGCUUUUGGACAGCGACGCGAGCAAGCAGGCCAAGGGUCUUUUCGAGCAAGCGAGACACGAGCUGCGCAGCGUCGCCGACGGCGAGCUAUCGGCUGAGCUCAUCGAGGGACGGUUGUACGCUGCCCCGUUCUUUGACUACGUCGGGGUGGGGCUCGACGUGACCAAGGGCAUGCAGAUCUUCGACCGGCGCAUUCAGACCCCGCUCUCUACGCAGAGGGGAGGCGGUUUCGGCGGGCCGCUCGAGCUCACGCGUGUGGGCAUGCGGCACUUACUGCGCAACUUCACGCAGAGCGCGUUGCCCGAGCUGGGCGAUGGCAUCGACGACAGCGCGAGAGUCGCGGGCGAGACUCUGCCGCUGUGCAGGUAUUUGGCCGCCAAGGCGCUCGCAGGCGCCUUUGCGUUGCCAGCGGCGUCUUCAGUGAAGGAGGCUGUCAUGGACAGCCUUCGCGCCGGCGUGAGCGUGAGCACGGCAGAGGCCGAUGAGGCUGACGACGGCGACGGCGACAACGGCGAUACGCAGGACGAGUGGGAGGAGGCGCGCCCGCCGGGCGAGUUCGACUACGAGCAGUGCGCAGGGGCGCGGCGCGAUCUGCUCAAAUGGUACGUCGGGAAGGCUAUCGCGCUCAACACGGUUAUCAUCGACCACUUGCGCAUCGAGUACAGCGCGGAGCGAGUCUGCGAUGAGCAGCUGCGUGGCACCUUCUUCCCGACCGACGGCAGCGUGGCCGUGCCAAUGAGCCUCGCCGACUUCAAGGUUGGGCACAAGAGCGACGAGAUGCGGCCGGGCCGCUUCGUGCGCAUCGUGGGCGGCGAGACGAUCGCGUGCACGCACGGCACCGCAGCGAGC